CGACCUUCUGCAUUGUAAAACCAACAGUUAUGUAACGCAAAGACCCAUGAGACCCAAAUGCUUUAGUUUGCAUAAACUUUAUUGACAACUAGAUUAAUUUGACAAGACAAUUCGAUGGAAGUAAGCCAAGUAGCAGAAGACGGAACCAUGUCAAUCCUGUGUAGUGCUUGGCGGAAUAUAAACAAGGUUACACAGCUUCAGGAACCUGAGGAAGGCAAGGCAAGGCAACGUGAGCGGAGUUGAGGACUGUGAACAGCAGGAAUUCCAGCCCUCUCAUACACGCAUUACUUUGCAUGUCCUAGCCUUGCCUUGGAAGGUAAAAAGACGAGCAAAAGCGAAGCAAACUUCUUUGACAUCUCGGCCGACCACAUUCACGGGCAGCAUGGUGUUCUUCACUUGCAAUGCGUGCGGCGAGUCACUGAAAAAAGCCCAGGUUGAGAAACACGUGAACAUCUGCCGAAGCUGUAAUACUUUAUCUUGCAUUGACUGCGGAAAAGACUUCUGGGGAGAUGACUAUAAAAAUCACCUGAAGUGCAUCAGCGAAGAUCAGAAGUACGGAGGAAAGGGCUAUGAAGCCAAGUCUAACAAAGGUGAUGUCAAGCAGCAGCAGUGGAUUCAGAGAAUUCAUGAUGCCAUGAACAAGCCAGGAAUCAGCCCAAAGCUAAAAGAUGUUCUGAGUCAAGUCAGCUCUUAUGACAACGUUCCCAGGAAAAAGGCAAAAUUUCAGAACUGGAUGAAGAACAGUCUUAAGAUACACAACACAGCCCUGCACGAUCAGGUGUGGGACAUCUUCUCUGAAGCCACCAGCAAUACUUCUGCUACCCCAAAACCGGGCGUGGCCACCCAGCCCACGGAGAGCGAGGCAAAGCCGCCUGCAAGCGCGCAAGCGGAGGAGAACGCCCAGGAGGCCGUGCCCAAAGAAAAGAAGAAAAACAAACGAGAUAGGAAAGAAGAACGGCAGAAGAAGGGCAAGAAGAAGAGAGGGGAAGAAAACGGGGUGACGGCGCAACAGCUGGAGGGUGAGGGGGAGGGGGCAGAUGGCACUGAGAAACGGGGGAAGAAGCAGAAGAAGAGGAAGAUGAAUGAGGAGGAAACGCCCGUGGGAAACGGGGAAGGACAGACAGAGAACGGACACACCUUGGAGGGGGGGAUACCGGCGAAGAAAGUGAAGAAAAGCAAGAAAGGCCAACCAGAAGUUAACGCGCAAGCGGUUGAAGCUGAGCAGAAAACUGGAGAUGAUGAUGAUGAGGGUGAAUCGAACCCUAAAGGUAAAUUCAACUGGAAGGGGACUAUUAAAGCAGUCUUGAAGGAUGCCCCUGAGGAGGGAAUGCCAAUUAAGAAACUGAGGAAGAAGGUUUUGGCAGAGUACUACAACGUCAGUGGCGAAGGAAAUCACAAAUCGGAAGAAGAGCUGCUUGCUCUGUUCAGCAAAAAAGUCAACUCUAACCCAAAAUUUCGAGUUCUGAAAGAAAAGGUCAGACUCGUAAAAUAAUCCCACUUUUCACCACCCAGAGCCCCACAUUCUAUGGUCUCCAUAUCAACCCGUUUGUGAUUUUUCUCUGAAAUACCGUUGGAUGUUUUUUUAAAUAAAUGUUUUUAAAAAAACUA